AUGGGCUAUAACAUCGGCGUCCGCCUCAUCGAGGAGUUUUUGGCGAAGACAGGCGCCCAGCGCUGCGCCAACUUCAGAGAAACCGCAGACAUGAUCAGCAAAGUUGCCUUCAAGAUGUUUUUGAACAUCACGCCUGCCGUGGAGAGCUUUUCCGCCGACGGCAGAAGCUUUACGUUGGUGUUGACGGAGAACCCGUUGGCGGAGUUUGUGGAGCUUCCGGUGACACAGGACCCGAAGAUCCAGAAGGAGUUGUGGUACUCGCAAUUGUACUGUGGUGUUUUGCGAGGAGCGCUUCAGAUGAUCCAGCUCGACACAGACGUCUAUUUUGUUCGCGAUGUGCUCCGUGGCGACGAAAAGACCGAGAUCCGUGUCAAGUUGAACCGCAUUUUGAAGGAUGAGGUUCCAGCAGGCGAAGACUAG